UUCGCGUCAAUGUCAUACCAUCAAUAAUGUUGAUUUUCUGAUUGUUGAUUUAAAAUUAAAAAGCUUUCAAUUGGCCAAAACAAAUUUGUUCGCCAUGAAGCUGCCGGUGAUUUGUCGCACGUGCGACUCCACGGACACCGACAACCUUCUGAAGCUGGCCACGCCCUCGAAAAAGUAUCCGGACAAAUUGCUUUCGGAGAUUUUAUGCGAGCUAACCGAAAUCAAUCUGGAUGCAAACGGCAGUCAGAAACUUCCGCAAUGCUUGUGCAGCGGAUGCAGCAAGAAAUUAAUGGGUGCCUAUUGCUAUGUGAAACAGGCGCUGGCCGCCAACGAACUUCUAAUGAAACAUCUAAAGAACGGAGCUGCUCCAACGUCAACCGACUGUCUGCAGGAGGCACCGAUGGAGCUGUGUGCUGAGCAGCAUGUGGAAGUCAAGCUGGAGACUGAAGAUGAGGACUGUGGAGAAAAUGAUGUUACUAUCACUUGUUCCGAGCUACCGGAACCGGACGAAAUGGACAUGGAGAGCAAAAAGUCGGUGGACCCACUGACCAUGAUUGAAACUGUGAAGCUGGAAAUGGAACCAAGAAGCGUGGAGAAGCCAGCGUAUGACGAACCCACAUCGGACUUUGAAGACGAAGACUCCCUGGAUAAUUUGCCACUGUAUAAUCGCAUUCAAAGGUGGAAAACAGGAAGGAAAUCGGUAUAUAAGUGUCAGGACUGCCCUAGGAGUUUUAAACGAUUCGAUUUCUUGAAACGCCAUGAAAUGCGCGUCCAUAAGCCAGAAACCCGAUUAUAUGACUGCUCCCUUUGCAUUCGCAAGUUCAGCCGCAGCGAAGCCCUCGAAGCACACCUAAAAGUUCACCGGAAUUCAAAACGAUCAGCCAACAUUAGCGAGCACAAGAAGGCCAAGGCCGUGGAUUUGAAUCUCUGCAAACCGCAUGGUUACAAGCUGAUUGAGUGCAUGAUCUGCCAGAGCCAAUACAACAAGAUUGCUGAUCUGCGAAGGCAUUUGGAGGAGCACCCCGAUAUCGUUAGCCUGUGCGGACGCCCAAAUAUGGAGCCCCAUGAGCUGGCAGAGCUGUUUUAUCCCGAUUCAAAGGACCUCAGUGAGGAGCAGUUAAUUAACUUGAUUCGCAAGGAUCUGGAUGCGGGUAUCUAUCAGCGUUUCUAUUCGAUAACGAACCAAAGUGGCUACGAAAUGGAUCUGGACAGCUCGGAGACGGACAGCGACCUGGACGGAGAUCCCGAUGACCAGCACAAGAGGCGAAAGAUGUCGCGCAAAGCCACCUACAGCUGCGAGCUGUGCCAGCAAAAGUUCCCGCGAAAAUAUCAGCUUUAUGACCAUCAGCGACAAAGUCACAGUUGGUCAGACGCUCCUCACGUCUGCGGGCGAUGUGAUGGUCGUUUUGUUAGUCUGCAACUGCUGCGCCACCACAACGAGUCGCAGUGUAGGAAUGCACAAAAGCGAUUUCUCUGCCACAAAUGCCCGCUACGCUUUCGCUGGAAACACAACCUGAAAACACACUUCCGCGAACACAGGAUUACAAAUCAAACGUUUGAAUGUUCCGAGUGUAAACGGGUCUUUGACAAAAAGAAAUCCCUCACCGUUCACCUGCUUAGCGUACAUGCGGAGGAAUCCAAGCUGAUUCCCUGCCAGUGGUGCAGUCGCAAAUUCUAUCGGCACGACUACUUGGUAAAACACCUGAAGCGACACGGUUUGAAAGAGCAGGACAUUCCCUUGGCAGAAACAUUGAUUGCUGCCACAUCGCGGCCAAACGGAGCGAAGCGCAUUACUUGCCGCAUGUGCAACCUGCAUUUCGAGCGUAUUGUUGAUCUGCGAGCCCAUAUCCAGUUGGAGCUUAAGCUAUCCCUGUCGCUACACCAGAGCUACGACUCCCCGCACAAUUAUUCAAUAACAAACGAGUCUGGCUUUGAGCUGCAGCUGGAGGAUUCGGAAACCGAGGACGAGAUGCAGCCCGGUGUGGGCAGUCGUCCCGUAUAUAUUUGUGAGCUGUGCAGCGUGCAGUGCAAGCGGAAGUUCGAAAUGAUCCAGCAUCAGCGGACAAUGCAUCGCUUUGACAAAAUGCCACACGAAUGCGACGACUGCAUCUUUAAAUGUGUCUCCAAGAGCAUUAUGGACCACCACCGGCAAGGCCAGUGUAGUAGUACAGAAAAGAAGCAUCCAUGUGGCAAGUGCUCCUACAAGUUUAUGUGGCCAGAGAACCUGGAGCAACAUAUUCUCCUGCAACACAGCAAGUCUUCCGUCAGCAAUCCGGCUGGCGUCAGACACACGCAAGGGACCGGUGACCUGGAAAAGGAUGCCACUGAGGACGGAGUACCGCUGCUACAGUGUCCACACUGCGAUCGCACGUACCAGAUGAAGUCGCGCCUGAACAAUCAUAUUCGCGAUGUGCACAUAAACGGCGACCGCAAGCGCAAGGAGGCCAUCAAGCGCUUCCUCUGCUCCCUGUGCGGAAUGGAGACGAGAUCAGCCGCCGCUCUUGUGACCCAUAUGCGACGCCACACUGGCGAGAAACCCUUCAAGUGCGAUCUGUGCGAAAUGGCCUUUCCCCGGCACUCAGAGCUGGCCUCGCACCGCCGGAUGCACACCGGCGAGAAGCCAUUCCACUGCACAGUCUGUGGCAAGGACUUUGCUCGCUCAGAUAAGCUUAAGCGUCAUAUGCUCACGCACAGCGGUCUGAAACCGCACAAAUGCACCUACUGCGAGAAGAGUUACCGCCAGGCUAAGGACCUGAAGCUUCAUCUCCAGCAGCACACCGGCGAAUGUCCUUUCGUGUGCGGCACCUGCGGCGAGCGCUUCAUCCAAAGCAGCACGCUGGAGAAGCAUCGGUUGAUGCGGCGUCACUUCGACGAGGUGGAGGCGUGGCUGAGGCGCCAAAAGUAAGGAGCUCAUGCAAUAAAUACAAUUUGGUCUAGUAUAAAA